AUUCUUUCCUAGCUUUCUCAUUCUAUAAUUUACAACAGCCAUUCAAGUUUAUUGAUUUUUUACUUAUGGAAUUCAGACCCAUGCAUAUAUUUGCUGUCUUUCUUCUAAUUGCCUGUCAUUUUGUUCUCUCAGUUCAGGGAAGACUGCUAAAAUCACUGACCAAAGAUGAUUCAAAGCAAGUAUUCCCACCCCCUACACCAACUAAAAGCUUUGGUGACUCGGUUGAAGGUUGCAAAGAGGAUUUUCGACCCACUACUCCAGGGAACAGCCCUGGCGGUGGACAUUCUUUUGCAGAAGAUGAUGAAGAUGAUGAAGAUAUUGUUGAACAAAAACCAGGUAGCUUUAGCCUGCAAGGAAAUGACAAGCAUUCAAUUGCAGGAGCAAAAGAUGAUGAUCAAGUUAUUGAAAGCAAAUCACCAAGCAAUAGCACGAAGGGCAAUGGUGAGCAUUCAAUUGCAGGGCACAGCCCUGGAGUUGGUCAUGCUUAUCCGAACCAAAAUUCUGAAAAACUGAACCAAAUGCAUGAACUUCCAUGAAAGUCCCCCCACGAAAGUUCUAAUGGUUAUAUAUAUACAUGGUUUGAAGUUUAUAUAUACCACUAUGUCAUGUAGUGUACAUAACUCUUUGCAGUGUCUCCUUUCCUUUAAGCAUCUUAAUAAAAUUGUUUCUGAUUUUUUUUUAAUGAA